GCCCAAGAAAUAAAUAGAGGAACACUGAGGUCUCAACUCCAGAACAUUCCCUGAGCUCCGUCUUGUACCAAAGACCAACCCACAAGAGCUGCCUCAACAUGAAGUUGGUGAUGGUCUUCUUGCUGGCCGCCAUCCCCGCUUGCUGCUAUGCCAGUGGUUCUGGCUGCAAUGCAAUGGACGAUGCUAUUGCACAGACAGUUGACCCGUCCGUGUCUCUGGAAGAAUAUCACAAUAUGAUCAAGUCAUAUACAACUCUUCCUUAUGACACACAUGCUGUGGAUAAGUUCAAGCAAUGUUUUCUAGAUCAGUCUGAAGAGACUCUGGCCAAUGUUAACGUGAUGGUGUUUGUGGAGACAUUUGUGAAGGCCAUGGAAACUUUAGGACAGUGGUCCUUCACCUCCUAA